GCUGAGAGCAGCGCGAGGAAACACAGCCUCGAGACCGGCCACAGUGAAGCUACCACCAUGAACCACCUCAACCCGGGUCUGCUUGGAGCUUAUAACAGUCUUACAGACAAACACCUGACUGGAUACUUCAAUAACACCCGAAUACGAAGACACCUCCAGAAAGUGGGGCUGCUCAGCAGGAGUGGGCGGAUUAUUCCGGAAAAGGAAUACCGGCACAAACUCAUCCAAAGAGCCCACCAGAGACACAUCCGGGAAUGUCUGGCCCAGGCUAUCUUCCACAAGGUGCUGGACAUGGAACGUCUGCAUCAAAUAGAGAUCAAGAGAAGACUCGAAGAUUUUGCAAGAAGAGAAAGAGUUCAUAAAAUUAAGGUGGAGCGCUCUAACAGAUAUGAGGAGGAUCAUAUAAUGAUGCUUUCUCCACGACCGCCAACUGGUCCAAAAACUCGGCAUUCUGGGCCAGAAGGAGAUCACUCUGAGUCGACAGAAUCACCAGGUUCAUCCAGGCCGAACACGGCUCCAGGGAAGAUGCAGAGACCCGUCCGGCUGAAGCCUCUGAACAGCACCGGCACUCCUGGCUCUCGCAAGCGAAACUCAUCCCGCUAUAGGAACCAAGAGUCCUCUAAUGAGACGGAUCACCCAUUCAGCUCACCGUUGGAAAGAGAUGCUCCGAGGCAUUUGACCCUUACAGACUUCUCUAGUUCUGUCUCGCCCUACCGGCUUCCUGUCAUCAACAACUUCGUCACCCCUGUCCCGCCGCUGACCAAGAGGAAGGAGAAGGGCCCGAAGGGGAACGGGACACUGUGGGGGCGAAGAUUACGACCCACCACGGCUCCGAGUGCUGCAGACACUCAGGAGGGCACCGUUCAGCGAGCGUCUGCUCAGAGCACCGUCCUCGUGAAGAUGAUUUACUUCGGGAAGAGUGUUCACCUGUCCCAUGACCUGAUGGAUCUGAAGGAUGAAGUGAAGGUGUUCCAGCAGCACUGCGGGGGAGAGAACCUCUGUGUUUACAAAGGAAGAGUCAAAGAAUUAGAGACGUUCCAGUUUGUCUCUCGGCGUCACCGGGGAUUCCCCUUCAGUCUGACCUUCUUCCUGAACGGGCUGCAGGUGGAGCGUCUCAGCUCCUGCUGUGAGUUUAAACACAGGAAAGGCUCUCGGCUCGGUGGACGCCAUGGUCACUUCGGCUUUACCGGUGUGGAGGGAGCAUCACCCUGCUACAGAUGCAUUAUUGCCAUGGGAUUGGACAAAAAACCUACACCACCGAAAAGAGCGAAAGAGGACCCUCUCCUCUCCACAUCUCGAGAGAACUCUAAAGAGGAAGAGGAGGAGCCUGAUUCUGUUCAAGCACUGAAAACAGAUUCGGAUGUAAAAGCCGAAAACAAGCCUAAAAACGAGUAUGAAGAAGACUUUGAGGCUGAUGAUGAAGGCCCUGUAGAAGACCAUGAAACCACGCCUUCCCCGACCAGGGAGGAGGAUAAGAAGAGCGGGAAGAAUGAUGAGAAUGACAAUGAAGUGCCAGAGAAGACCCGAGACUCGGACAGUGAAGCUGAGGAUUCAGUGAAAAGUAAGGUCAAGAAAAAGUUACCAUCGAGCUCAUCUGGACUGUCAAGCAGCUCCCCCUGCAGUGAUGAAGAUAAAGAGAGCGAGGAAGGUCCAGAUCCAGGCAAUGCUGAAGACAUUCCAGGGGAGCAAGUGGAGCCGGAAAGGCACGAUUCUACCUUUGCCUCAGAAAAGGACACCAAGCUGGAGGAGACUGAAGCUGUGGACAGCGGCUCUGUGUCCCUUCCCCAGCAAACCGAGGAUGAAUGGCUGACUCAGGACAGCACUGUGGAGAAGAGCGAGGUGGAGGUUUCAGAAGAGACUGAGAGGGAGGGUGGAGAAGGUGAGAAACUUGGAGAAGAAGAAGAAGAGGAAGCAGCUGAGAAACAUGUGCUCAAAGAUGAAGAGGAGAAAAAGGAGGUAGAGCCGGAGAGAGCCAAGUCUGUGCAGGAGAAGCUGGCAGAAGCCAUUCUAAACGUGGCUGAAUGCAGUUCUGAGGCAGAAUUCAGUGAUACAACAACUGAGGAAGAUGAAGUAGCAUCUGUCAGAACUCAGCAGCAAAGCCCAGGAGCUGAACCAGAAACCAACAAACAAGAGGAGGUUUUCAAAGAAAGUGCUGUUGAACAUCUAGAACCUGCAAGCAAGGCCAAUACGGUAGAUGGAGAUGCAGCAGAUACCGAGCAACAUACAGAAGAGCUUGAAAACAAAACACAAGAAACACCCCAGCCUGAGUCUAAAGAAGAUACCAGUGAAGACUUGACUUCAAAGCAGGAGGAAGAGAUGGAUGAGCAAAAGGAUAAGAAAAAUGAUGAAACAACCUUGGAGGACCAUCCACAGGAAGAGAUCUCAGAAGAAGUUGCAGUAAAUGAAAGCAAUUUAGAGAUUAGCGAGACAGAGAAGGAUUCAGAUACUGCACCUGCUGAAAAAGACGACAAAGAACAGGAGGAGAUCAAGGAGGAAGGUGCAGAAGAUGACAAUCAAGCAAGUCAAGAACCUGAACUUACAGGAACAUUUGACAAUGAAAAGACAGCAGAAGCAGAAGAGUCUAAUGCAGAAUAUUCUAAAGCAGAAGAUUCUUUUACACAAGAACCAGAGAAAGAAGAUGAAACUGGAGACACUCCAGUGGAGGAAACAGAAUUAGCACAAACUUUAGAAGAACUAGAGGAACCAAAGGAGGUGAUUGAAGACCCUCAGCCUGAAAACCCUGGAGAAACAGCUUUAGUUGACACUGAGGGUACAGGUCAUAAUAGCGCAAAUCAGGAUGCUGAAGCAGUGAGCCAGAAACAAACAGAGAAUGACACAGUGAACGCAGAGAAUGGAGAAGAAGAAGUAUUUCAGGAUGAAGCAUCUGCUAAAGACAGGGUGGAAGAGGGGGACAGGGCCGAUGGUGAGAUUGAAGGGGCUGUAAAAGAGGAUGAAGAGAAAAAUGAUGAGAACAUAGAUGACGUUAAAGCGAGUGAAAACAAUUUAGAAGUUGGAACAGAAAACAAGUCUGAGGAGCAAGAAGUUGAGGACAAAGUAGAGAAAGCUGAAGCUGAUACAGCAAACACUGAUGAACAGAAAGAAACAGAAUCCACUCUAGAACAAGAUGCUGAAGCGGUAGAUGAAGGUAAAGCUGACAAAGACGGCCCAGACACUGAUAAUGAAAAAAAUGAGGAAGGUUCUAAGGACAACAGGUCAUUACAAGAGGAAGAAACUGGUGAAGGUGAAAAUAAAACAGAGCAAGACAUUGAAGUAAUGGUAGAUGACGGACAAGGAGAAAUUGAAUCUGCCAUGGAGAAAGACAAUGAAGCUGAAGAUGAAAGUAAAUCUGACACCCUCAAUAAACCUGAUGAACAAGUGAAGGAAGAUGAAUCAGUAAAGGAAGAGGAAACUGAUGGAGAAAAUCAUGGUGAAGUUGUAGCAGACGAGGUUCAAAACUCUACUGAGAACAAUAUACAUGAUGAAGCAGAGGUUAAUGCAAAAGAAACAAUAGAGGCAUCUCAAGAUGAGGCUGAAGAAGAGAAAACAGAGGAGGAUGCAGGUGGGGGAGAUGUGGUAGAAGUUGAGGAAGGACUGGAAGAGGCCAAUGUAGAGGCAACUGCAGCAGAUCAAGAUCCUCAAACUGAAGAAGUGGGAGGUGAAGGUGUGGUUCAGAUUGAAAACAUGGAGGAGGGAAAAGAGGAUGCGGAGGUAGUCAAAGAAGAGAUAACUGAGGACACUGCAAAUCAAGAGAAUGCAGAGACUGUAGAGAAUAUUGAAACAGAAAACAAGCCAGAGGAAUCUGAAGUGGAGUCCAAAGAAGAAGAACCUGAAGAAGAUGUCAGAGUAACAGAAUUGUCAGUAGACAAAGAUGCUGAACUGGGAAGUGAAAGCAAGUCUGGUGAAGACAUGGAAAACAAUCAACUUAAAGAGGAAGUGAAGGACACUGAAUCAAUUAAGGAGAAAGAUGAAACUGAAGAAGAAAGUAAACCAGAAGAUAAUAGUGUAGUAGGUGAGGAUCUGAAUGGCAAAAACGAAGGAGAACAGAAUACAGAACUAAACAUAGAAGAUGAUGCAAUGAAGCAAGAAGAAGACAACAAUGAUCAGACUGAAGAUGGUCCACAAGAAGCCACAGUUGGUAGUGAUGAGCAAGAAGGUGAGGAAGAAAGGAUUGGUACAGCUGAAGGUAACAGUGAAAAAGAAGAAGACCCCCCAGCUAAGUUAGAGGAAGAUGAGGCAGCAGUUGAGGAAGCAAAGGAUCUGAUUGACCAUGCAGAUACCGAACAAGGUACAACAAACGAAGAAGGUCUAAAAGAUGAGCAGGAAGAUCAAGGGGAAAAGGCUCCAUCAAUUCCACCAGAGGCUAGAUCCAACAAUGCAGAUCCUGAGGCUGAAGUCCAGGUAGAUGCCAAAACUACUGUAGAAGAGUCAGGAGAAACAGAAGAGUCAGAAAUGAAGGGUACAGACACUGACCUUCCAGAUAAGGCAAAAGAAGACAAAGAAAAUGGUACAGCUGAAAAUGGCAAGAGUGCAGAUGAAGAAGACAGCACUUCUUCUGCUUCACCUUCAGAGGAAUCACAGCCAGUUGAGAAAGUAACGGCUCUCAGACGAGAAGACAAGGAGUCAACAAUUAGCGAAGAUGCUGAACUCCUAGCCACACCUCCUGUGGAUCAAGGGGAUCUUGUGAGCAACUGGGUAAACAUCCACCAGGCUUCAAGGUAUUUCGAGACGUUUGUCGAGCCACUGGAUGACAUAAAGAGCCUUAUCUCACAAGAGGGUGACAGGAAGGUUAAUGGCGAGCCUGUAGAGGAGGUGGAAGGAACUGUGCUAAGUACUAAAGUCUCGGAGUCUGGUGAGGGCGAAGGCGAUAAGACAUCUGAGAAUGCCAAAGAUGAGCAAGACGGUAUUCCGCUGAAGAGUGAUCUUGAGGACUUUGAGGACACUCUGGUGGAAAGCUUUAAAGUCGAGACUAAACCUGACGCUGAGUCAGACACUAGGAGCAAUCACUCUAAAGAUACCACAGCCAGGUCUGCUAAAAAUGUAUCAGAAGGCAGGGUGGAUACAGAGGCGGAGGAUACGGUGGCCAAUUCAGAGUCAGUGUUUACUGCUGGGGAACAGCAAGCUGUAACUCUAGAUAACGUCGUUAACCUGUCGGAGACACCAGUGAUGAAGUUUGAGAUUAGUCAAGACAGCUAACACUCUGAGGAACCUAAACAAAGUAGCAGAUGAUGUGUCCAUAGAUUACCAUUCAGACAUCAAACAUGAGUGAAACAAAUACUUUUACUUGUACUAUAAGAGGUUAUUUGUUUGUAACUAAGGUCACAAAUAGAAGAGUAAACAAGAGGCUUUGAAAGUUAAGACCACAGUCUGAAGGCUGAUCCUCUGGUGUCCUGUGGUAUCCUGAGGAGAGUGUAGCAGUUACUGUAAUUAAAGACUUCACAACCAUUAACCAGUCUCAGAAUGAAAACCCAAUUCCAGAGUUUCCAAAACAGAACCACGUGCUGGACAAUUGUGCAACACCUAUUGCACUGUUUGACUCCUUGCGUCAUUAGUUAUUUGAUGGUCACCCAUGGCGUUCCAAAGCUUUGUUUCUCAUUAAGACUAAUGCUGGAACAAUUUUCUUUUUUUAAGUCUUGAGUCUAGACCAUGCUUAACUACCCUCAAAACAAGAUAAGCACAAUGGGUAUUUAGCUUUAGGUUCUCAACCUUUUUCGCUAAUCAACCAAUUUUUAGGGUGUUGAAAAUAUUUUGUGACAAGAUGCUGAUAGAAAGACAGGUUAGUGAGCUACAGGCAGGAAGACAUAGUACUUAGCCAGCAAUGUCCUGCUCCACUAACACCGGCAGGCAGACAGGAUGAACUGCAGUCUUGGCAGGGUGGCCAAUCGGCAGUCUACAGAAAGCAGAUACUCCGGGAAGCGUUCAGCACAAAUAAUUCAAUUAUUCAUGCUGUGUAGCCCUCCUGCCACUCAGCCACACACCAACACACUUCAUAGUGCUCUUCAUCCACCCUCGUCAUCACCCAGACAUGCAAACUCAAAGCGUCCAUCAAAUGAAACUUCAAGGCCUGCACUUUUCUCUUUGAUCUCCUUGUCUGAUUAGUGUUCUUGAUUAGGAAUCAAAGAUUUAUUUUUAAAUCGCAGUUGCACAAGAACAUGUGAAUGAUGACAAACACUGUAGGAAAGAGUGAAACUAAUAUCUUAGCAAGUGAAAUCCUCUAAAAGCUAGUAUAAACAUCUAAAACCGCACAUUUUUACUUAUUAUUAUUUCUAUAACUUAUUUUAAACUUAUAUUUACUCAUUUGAAUUCAUUUCAUAUAUACUAAAAAUGUUUAUAUGCCACUGGCAGAUCAUUUUGCUUGUUUGAGGCAUAAUUCCUUAAUCAAAACAUGUAGUAGUUAAUGUCCCAUUACUUUGUCACGUCAGGGUAAACUGUAAUUCUUAAAUAUUUUUUUUUCAAAGUCAAACGAGCACUAAAUAUUUAUCUAGACAGAUUUCUCUCCUAAAAUGUAUCUCUUGUUUAUUUGGGUGCGUAAAGUGCUUACAUUUAUUUACAGUAAGCUUAGAAAUCCAGUAUUUUGUCCAAAGGUGAGCGCUAGCUGUGGUUAGCAAGUGCUAGCCAGCCUCGGUUAGCCUUAGAAAAUGUCACCCGAUAGCGGGUUCCUGUAACCCAGGGCAAUAUUAGCUAGCGGUUCGUGCCUUGUAGCUUGUUUUAAUGCGUUAAACAUGCAGACUACAGUUCAAAACUCACCUAUGGACAGCAAUAGAGCUAGCGCUGUGGCUAGCGGCUAAUGCUAAUGCUACUGCACUUCAGCAGAGUAGCUUUACUGCUCCUCAAUACCUGACUGGUAGAAUUCACACAUAAGGAGCACCAGAUUAUAAAGUGCACUGCCGAUUUUUGGGGAAAUUAAAGGAAUGUAUGUGUGCCUUCAAUAUAAAUAAAAUGAGACAUAUUAGUCAUUUAGACUACAUUUAAGAAAAUUUCACCUGCUAAGAUAUCAUUUGUGCAGUGAAGAAUGCCCUGUAUAUAUAAUAUAGACAGAUUAUAAAUUAUAGAUAGGACAUUAUAUCUCUUAUAAUUGCAGACAAACCUGCACUGAAUGUAUUUAUUUUUUAACACUUCAUGAAGUAAUUAUGUUCAGAAUUAGAAUAAAAGGCCAGAUUAAACCUGAUCCUCUGAUAAGCUUCUGCAGCUCCUCUGUCGUGAUAUUCCCAUUGCUUUUAUUUUAUUAUGUGUCUAAAACAUGGAACUCAACAUGGAAAUCAAGUAUUUAACCCAUCACUCGUACUUAAGGCUUCCUCUACAUUUUGCUACACAAUAAAAUCAAUUUAGACCAUU